CUUCCCUCUGUGGAUCAUUGAUCGGUGGACCAUUGAUCGGUCAGGACAUCAAACGAACGUACUUCCUGUAGAGAUGAGUGACCAGCCUCCUCCGUACCGUCCAUUCUUCCCUGAAGGUCCUCCAUCUGCUGGUUUUCCUCCAGCUUUCUGUUCGCCGCCUGCAGCCUUCCAUGGCCCCGCCUACCAGACGUUCCCUCAGACAGCUACAGGUGGAGACCCCAUCUAUCUCCAUCCAGGUCACUUGGGACACCAAGAGGCCUUAGUGACGCAGCCAGGUUACCAUGGUAACAAACAGGAAGCCCCACACCCACCAAAGCACACAGUGUAUGUGAUGGAGCCACACCGGCGUCAGGAUGACGGCGUGGGCUCGUACUUGGCGGCGUGUUCUGCUGCUCUGUGCUGCUGCUGCCUGUGGGACCUCCUUCAUCGCUGAGGACCUCCCACCUUCCUCCUCCUCCUCUUCAUCAUCAUGAAUCCUGAAUCUUAAGAUAAAAAAUGGCAGAAAUGUCUGUUUUGUUAUUAGAGCAGUUCAGGACUAUAAACAUGGAGGGCGACGAGCAGUAAUGAUGGAUUUUAUUCUCUUUUAUUAUAAUUAAUCUUCAAGUUUUAACAUUUCUGAGAAGUUGAGCCAAAUAAGGAAAGAAUAUUUUAUUCCUCACAUUAUCUUCAGAAAGAAAGAACUUUCUGUAAAUGUCACAAGUUUAUUAAAGAAUUUUACCAUCUGAA